AUGACGAUCGCAGAAACAAGCGAAGGUGGGUCUGGUGUUGAUGCAGACAGAGUGUUAAUGUCUUUCACGGAGGGAAAUUUAGUCACUAUUUUCACUGAUGUUAAAACAAAUGAACAAGAAAGUAUUAGAUGGUAUUUUAAUGGCAUUCUCAUCGCUCAAAUCAGAGGAGAUCUUAGUGAUAUCUGUACAGAUGUUCAGUGUAAUGAAGAUAAUGAAAGAUUCACAGACAGACUGGAAGUGGAUCAUCAGACUGGAUCUCUGACUAUUAUGAACAUCAGAACCACAGACUCUGGACUUUAUGCACUAGAGAUCAUCAGCCACAACGACAGCAACAUUGCAAAGAUCUUCAGUGUCACUGUCAGUGGUGAGUCAUCAAUAAAUAGAAAGUCAGUGAAUGAGGGAGAAUCUGUUACUUUAGAUGCUGGUGUAAUGAAAAACCCAAAUUAUGUGAUGACGUGGUAUUUUAAUGAGAUUCUCGUUGCUGAAAUCACUGGAGAUCAGAGUAAGAUCUGUACAGGUGAACAGUGUGAAGAGAGAUUCAGAGACAGACUGAAGCUGGAUCAUCAGACCGGAUCUCUGACCAUCAUGAACACCAGAACCACAGACUCUGGACUUUAUACACUAAAGAUCAUCAGCAGCAGCAACAUCAUUAGUCAUUUCAGUGUUACUGUCAUUGCUAUGGAAACUCCAGCACUGGCUCUACAUCCAACUCGUAUAGCAGGAACAGUUAUAGCUGUUCUGCUUCUGGCUGCAGCUGUAGUUGCUGGUGUGUUUUUCUGCCGCCACAAGACUUCUGACCAAGAAGGACAAAGGGCUUCUCUGCCUGCUCCGGACAUCAGCAGUAACGCUUCAUCAUCAUCAUCCUCAUGUGAACAUCUUAACAUCACUGAACUCUGUCAGUCACAUGCAGAUCUACAAGAGGUACUAAUGAUCCUGUGUCAGACCAGCGUACACCUAAGGAAGGCAGUGAGAAUGUAUAGCAUGAAUCACCUGGUGCUCAUGCAUGCACGGAUUAAUGCACAGGCUUGCCUAGGCUGCAGCCCAGGGGCCCCACGUGUAAUCUUCCUCUCUGACAAUGAUACUGCAUCAGCAAACACUGGAGAAGGAACAGAAACUGUUACUAAGACUUGCACUGCAACUAUUCAGACCUUCACUGGUUAA